AUGCUUUACACAAAAGAUAGCACUGAAAGAGACUGGAAACUUGAAGUGGAUGGAUUUAUUCCUAUUUGCUUUGUGCAGGUUCAGGGAAAUGCAAACAAGCCAUUUAGAAUUAUUGCUGUUGAGAAAUCAAGUAGAGUAAGUUAUACUUAAACCCUUAACUCUCAGAAGUAAUGAAGAUGUAACUUCUCCAUAUUAUGUAUAUACAAUAUCCAGCAAACAGGUCAUGAGAAUACUCAAACUUCUCAGGUAGAAUUUUUUAUCUUGACCAAAAUUCUCAUUACUUAUUUUCAAGGAUACUUCUCUGAUUUGUUAAAUAAGGCUGAAAUUCAUUCAUUGAUCAAUUUCCAUGUUGCAUCUUUUCCCACAUUUUUCAUCAAGUCUAAAUAAUUAUAUAAUUUAUAUUCAUUGGUUUUGGUCCUAGCAAGGCAAGUGGGUUAGGUUAAUGUGAAAAUUAAAAGCCGCUGCUUAGUUAACAGCUGUUUUCCUCCAAAAUCAUUUUUGUUUGCUUUGCGGUAGCACAGAUGACAGAGUAUAAAUGUCAGAUGUAGUUUGCAAAUCAAGAUGGGAAUAUUCAAACUUAUCAAGUAGAAGUUUUUAUCUCAACCAAAAUUCUCAUUACUUAUUUACAAGGAUUAACUUCUUAUGAAAUAAUUCGAUGUUAAAUUAUCAAAAAUGAUCUUAAAAGUUUAAUUUUUUGCUACCAAUGGGAAUGAAGAAUUUUUUGCAAGAAUAAAUUGAAAAAUGUAUAAUCUAAUGCAAAACUGGAGUUUCCUGUGCGCCACUAUGUUGUAUUAUAAGACACUUCCACAGAUGUUACUAUAGUCUCCAUGAUCUGUCUGAUACUUCAAUAAACAAAGGAAUUAUUUUUCAAUGAUAAAAGUAGCAACUGUAUUACAUCAUCUGUGCUAAAAUAGCAUCUACAAGAAAAUUCAAGCAUGACAUAACUUGUUACCCAACUAUGCUAAGUAGAGUACAAAUAAUAUGCAAAUCGAUUCUGAACAUCAUGCAAUAUUGGACAGUUACUUAUUUGUACCAUAAAAUAACCUAUUCAAAUGGUCUACACUUCUCUAUUUGCUUUGCUUUUCCUGCUUUGAGAUGCAUGUAAAUUGCAGUAAAACAGUUGUAUACGAAAUAAUUUAUUCAACAUUUUGGUUUGUUUUAUUGCUGAUUAUUUUUACUUGUUGUUUGUGUUUUGACUCACCCAACUGACUUUUCAAAAUAAGGCACAAAUCAUAAAAAAAAACUCAGCCAUACUUCACACCAAGUGGCUAAUUAAAUAUAAAUAUUCCAUUACUAGUUUUUAUUCAGUUCUGGUUCUUGUAAUCCAUUUUUUAAAUGAAUGUUUGAACCCUUUCACUCCCAAGAUCUUCUUUGAAAUUCUCUUUACUGUCUACUGUAUGAUUCUCAUAAUGCUAAAUUGGAGAAUUUGGUAUUGGAUCAUCUAAUAAUCCUUUAGUUGAAAUUUUUCAUUAUUCUCAUCACUUGUUUGCUUGAUAUUUUAUUGCUAUUGUAAGGAGAAUUGUAAUUUGGAGCAAUGCCAGUAUCCAGCCCAAGCUCAGACAAUCAAAGAUUUAUCAUCUGAUGAAAAAAAAUUCCUCUAAUUGGCUCCUUCAACAUGCACAUCAGCAUAUUUUGCCACUGGUUGGGUUUUUUUUUUUGCAUCAACCACAGUUAACUUUGGAAAAUAUGUAAAGUGAGUGAAUGUAGUUCUUUUUAGUUUAAUUGUAGAAUAAUUGAAUGUGAUAAUUUUUUUCCCAGAUAAUGGAUUACCAAGUGAAUACAAAUACAACUUGUGCAAGGAGCUCAACAUUUGUCAAAUGGCAGGAUGGUUUAUCAAUGUUUGGUGUACGUUUUGGGAGAGAAGAUCAAGCUGAACAGGUAUCUCUCUCAAAAAAUAUGAAGGAUCACAAAUAAUUAUUUGAAUGUUUAUUUCCAUUUGUCCAAAUUAUCUCUUAACUAUUAUUGUUCAGUAGGAGCAAACUUCUUUUCCAGUUUUCCAAAUCACAGUGGAAUGCUAUCAGUAAAUGUGUUUUUUUUUUUUUUUUUUUUAUAACCAAUUUGGAAUCUUUUUUGAAAUUAGUUAAGAAUCAGAAAGUCAAGUAACUACAAAAAAACAUUCUAAUAUUUUAAUGGACCUACUUCUUCUAUAUUUUUCAGUCUACCUUUUGGUCAUUUAUAUUUAUGUAAGUCUCCAAGAACUAAAAAUACUCUUAGUAAUUGUAAUUAUCCUAUCCCCGAAACAAAUAUAGAUCUCUUAAUCCCGGCCUCCCCAAUAUAUAAUUUUGGGAUGUCUCAAAUUUUUCUUUGGUUAAAAACCUUUCAAAUCAGUUUGAUUUCUACUCUCCUUUGUUUCAGAUCAUAUAAAUGCUUGAUAUGACACUUAACAAAAGUAAUCACAAAUCUGGUUGAAAUGUGAUAAGGAAAUGGAAUAGUAGCAUAUAAUUGUUUUAGGGAUAUAUUGCCUUUUCCUUUCCUUAUUAUACUACCUUGAUAUUGAAGUAAAACCAUUAUAGUGAAGUGAUAUUUCUUCGCAACGUAAGAUUGAUAAGCCUUAAUUGACAUUCUUUUUGACGGCCUUUCACAAAGAAAUACAAAUACUGGCUUCUAUCCUAAAUUAUUUGUUCAGCAUAAGCCUAGUUUGUGUGGGUGUUUGCCAAAUGCUUCAGUUAAUUAUUAUGGUUUCAAAUUGCCAAGUGCUUGGCUGAAGUGUUGGUAUAAAAGAAAUUAUAUGUUGUUGCAUGGUACAUGACAAAUGAGCAAAAACUUCCUAGAGGCAAUCAUGGAUAAUAACAAAGUUAGUAACAUAUUUCUUAGUAUAGGAUCUACAAUUUGCUUUUAACAAGUUGUGUAUAUAUUAAUAAGUAGUGGGCACUUGUUAUUUAUCAGUCAAAAGGGAAUUACAGAGCUGUGUGAGUGGAGAGGUUGUUCAUUGUUAAAAGCUUUUUUAACCAUUGGAUCAUUGCAAUCACAUUAACUAGUCCAAAUUGGUAUGCUCUUUGUUUAGAAAAGUUUUGUUUUUGAGCUUUGUCAAUCACUUAAAAUGAAUGUUUAAAGAAAUUUGACAUUAUAUUUACAAAUGUUGGACAUGUUUUGACACAUAAAAUAGACGUUGAUUGAGACAAAGCUAAAUUUUCUUAAUUGCAAGGAUUUCAAUGACAAAUCUUUUAUCACAUAUCUUUCUUUCUUACGAGUUGCCUUCCCUUGUUUACCUCUUGCAAGGUUACACAACAAGCAGUUUAAUGAUAUGCAAGUGAAAAAUUUUGUUGAUUAGCUAUUUAUUAGGAUGUCACACUGAGCUAUUUUUAAUUGAGUUUAUUCAUAAAUAAACAGUUUUUAACCACAGUGAAACGAAUGGCUUCUACUGUGAGCAAGACGGCACUACUAUUGAAACAGCCAGAAAGAAAGGUAAGCUAAAAGUAAGAUUUUACACUGCUUUAGAUAAAAACAAUUCCAUCAAAAAUUUUUCAAACAUCGAGUGUAGUAUCAGUAGAUGUACAAGUAGUGCUGAUUCCUUAAUUGUCAAUCAACUCACUGUACGUUAUGCACUGAUAUCAAGUUUGAAAUAACUACCUAGCACUGUGGUUGGCUUGUAUCAUUUUUGUUUGGAUCAUUGCUUUUAUUGCUUUUAUUGCUUUUCAGUUGAUUUUCAUUUAUUACUAUAAUUUAGUGUCACACACAAUUUUUACAUCUGUGCAAGGCAUGAAAUUGCGCCUAAUACAGUUGCCAAUGUGACUAAAUUUUUCACUUUGGCAACCAAAUCCUGAAAAUUAGUUGCCAAAUUGGCCACUAGAAUGUUUCAUCAUAAGCUUACCUAGAGAUAUAGGGAAUUAAAAAGAUUUACAAAGAUAAAUCCGUGGAAAACUUCCUUGGUAAGUUUGUUUCCAAAACACAGCACAUGCAUCACGAUCGAAAACUAGACGCCAUCUUGAAUUUAGGUGAGCUUGAUUGUUGCAUAUCAUCCAUCCUAGUGUUCACUUUGUAGCACAUUUAAGAUCUUUUCCCUAUCUUAAUUUCUAGAACAAUGACAGCGUAAAAAAAGGUUUUGUUUGUCUUUCAAAAUGGCAACCAACUUUUUUUGAAUUGGCUACCACUUUGAAGAAUUUAGGAGCCAAGUGGCUAUCAGAAAAAAAAUUAAUUUCACGCCUUGCUGUGACGAUUUGUGAGAGACAGCUGUGUGAUAUUUUGAACUUAAACCUGAGCUUUGCCCAAUCAGAUCCCAGGUACCAGAGGCAACAAACUUUUGUCUUUGGUUGACUUGUUAGUUGAAUGUAUGGCUUUGUUUUCGCAAAAGCCUUCAAGAGCUAGGCUCCCCAAAUUUGUAAGAAAAGAGCUUACAGGUACUCUGCUACUCUUCCAGGAGUGCAGCUUUGUAAAAAGAAUGAAAUCAUGUGAUAAUAUUUUGUGUGUUUACAGGCUAUCAUAGGAAAGAUGUCUGAUCCUGCAUCAAGUAACAUUCAUCAUACAAAAGUGUCACUUAUGAUCAAACUACCAGAUAAACAAACCACAGUUCUGUCUGUUCCUGGACUGUAAGUGCAUGUGUUAUUGUAACAGAUUGAGUAAUUAUUCUGUAUAAAUUAUAUCAUCGUUUGAAAACUUAUUUGAUUUCUAAAUAAAUGAUUAUACUUGUGGAAGACAGAGAAAGGGUGUGUAACUGGUAAUGGUCACACUAGGUGCAGACUGAUUCUGAGAUGGUCUGAAGUGGUUCACCCAACUCUCUCCUCUCUUUACUAAAACUUACUUAACAGGAAAUCUUUGCUUAUUGUGGAUUUUAACCAAUCAAAAUAGACGUUACUCUUUUAUUUUGAAACAAGGAACUUAAAAGUCUAAAUCUAGAUUCAGCCAGCACAGCCUUUGGUGAAAAUUCUCAGCUACAGUUUUUUUUUUUUUAACAUCUAUUCCAAGUCAACCUUUCACAAACAAAGCCAUACACUCUUAAUCCUUUAACUCCCAUUAGUGUCCAAGACAGAAUUUCUCCAUAAAAUGCUAAUACAAUCUCAAGUGAUGAGAAUAUACAAAAAAGUCAAUUACUAGAUUACCAUUUGAUCCAAAGUAAAAUUCUCAGUACUAAAACUAUAAACAACAUGUGGCAGGUAGUAGAGAGAAUUACCAAUGAAAGAGAUCUUGGGAGUGAAAGGGUUAAAUGGGAUGACGUAGUGACACCAAGUACAGGAUUUCAGUCAGGGAGGGAAGGGAAUGAUUGACUUUGGACUGUCUGCAAAUCAGCAUUCAUCUACUAAGCUUUAGAACAAUCAACAUUUUUUGACAAAAUUGUCCAGGUAAUACACCUUUCAUUCCCAAGAUCUCAUUAGUAAUUCUCCUUACUGUCAGCCAUAAAAUUCUUUUGAUGUUACUUUGGAGAAUUUGAUAUUGGAUCAACUAAUAAUCCUCUAAUUCGUAUUUUUCUUUUCUCUCAUCACUUUUUUGCUUGAUUUUGUAUUGAUAAUGUAAGGAGAAAUUCUGUCUUGGUCACCCAUGGGAGUUCAAGGGUUAACUGAGAAAAAGGCUGAGUUAUUCUCACACUGUUUACAGGACGACAUAUUCCCUCCCUCCACCUUUCAAUGUUGCUUUCUGUGGUAUUUUUCUAAACAAACAUAUUAAGGAGGAGAGAAUAUGAAUUUAAAUGAAGAGCUUCAUUGUAUAACUGUUAAAAUCUGCUUAUAAUUCAGAGGAAGUGAGUCUUGUUUUUAAUCCCUUUUAGACUAACAAUGAGUGAAUUAUUUGAAGAGAUAUGUGAAAAAGAACAUCUGAAUCCUGCUGAGCAUCAGUUGUCUUUGCCAAGGACAGGAGGAAGAAAAGUCACAUUUGAUUCUGGUACAGCUGUUGGGUCUUUGAAGAUCAGGGAAGUUGCAAUAAUUAGAACGGGGGCGUCAGACAGCAGUGCUGGAAAUGUAGAGGUCGAGGAUGAAUCAGUAGAAGAAUUACUUGAUACCAAAGGAGAAGAGGUGAUUGUUUUAAAAUAAUAGUUGCCAUUACUGGUGCCUGUAUAGCCUCUAAGAGACACUUAUUUCUCUUUACAGUAUCACUGUUGAAUCAAACAUAAAGCUCAAGAGAACACAGGAAUUAAUUGCCUUCUGUAGACUCUUGAUUUUUUUAAUUCACUUUGCUAGUACUAUAGGAAAUGGUAUGGAAAAUAUUUACGUGUACGUGUACUGAUGUUUGGGUGUAAAAGUUUAACAACAUCUUUCAUCAUACAAAGUUGUGAAUUUUUACAGAUAAUGGUUAUUUACAAGUAUUUAAUGUGAAAAAUUGCCAAAAGCAAUGAACACAGUAAAUUUAUAUAUAGAUUUUUUUCAUCUAUUUGUUUAUAAUUACAUUUAUUACUAUUCAGUGGCCUGGUACAAAAUGCGCAAACUAAUUACUAAACAGUUCCUCACCUUGUAGCCUGUGUGUAUCUGUAUCUCCCUCCCAAUGAGAAACGUUUUUCCUCAGGGAGGGAAGGAGGAUACGGCAACACGUAGGCUACUCACCUUGUAUUGAAAAUCCUGUGAAAUCUACAUCCCUGAAGCCAAGUGUAUUGUUCAAGGAAUGUAGAUUGCCUCACUCACUUUAGAAUUAAACAACAGGCGUAAAGAUGGCUUAAACAAAAGAGUAUAAGUUGGACCUAGGGUGUUCUUGCCCAGUAACACUGGGAUACAUUCCAACAAGCUGAAUGGAAAUCACUAUCAGAGUCAAGUGAGGGGUAAUUUUCAUAAAUGAAAGUCACAUAGUUACAGUUUUAUAGAAUGAUAUAGCCACUUUAUAGAAUGAUUCUAUGACAGUGGCUACGAAUGUGGUACCUGUCUAAGGUUAUGUUAUUGUAAGUAAAAUCUGAGGUAUUAUUUUCAGCUUUUAAGAUAUUAUUUAAAUGCUUCUUUUCUUAACAGAGUAAAAUUCUCCAAUUGAUUCUUCCAAGUGGAAUAAAGAAGUCUUAUUGUGUGUCUGUUGACACGACUGUGAAGCAACUAGUGACGAGUGUCUGUUCACGUGAAAAUCUCAACCCUCGACAUCACUCUCUGCAGUAUAUAGACUUUAAACAUGAAUUCAUUGAUGCAGGCAGCACUGUUAAUGAAAUUGAAGUCAAACAAGUCAGAUUAAUGGAUAAAAGAGGUAAGACACGCAGUUUUGCAAAAGCACAGUCACAGUCACUCAGUUUAUUGCACUAUGUAUCCCUGUAUUAACCCUUCGACUCCCUUCAACUCCUGAGUGUCAGUUCUCCCUGUACCUGCUACAAAUCUUCUUACAAAUUAGUUUAGAGAAUUUGGUGUUGGAUCAAGAUAACAACUUCUUCCUGAGAAGUUUUAGCAUUCUCAUAACCCUUGUGCUGAGUAAUGUAUAGUUAUUAUAGCGAAAAGUUAAGGGUUAAGCUGAAUUUUCGGCAGCUGCUUUACUGUUAAAGUUUAAACCCUUGAAAGGCUUUAUGUGGCUGUUUAAAUAUUCGAAUUUUACAAGUUUUCCAUCAAGAAAUCCUCCUGUCGGCAAAAAAGAUCGCGGAGAAAAAAUUUGUUAGAUUAGAUGCCUUGCCAACGGAGGGUCAAUUGUCAAGGAUUUGGUAAAAGGCUUUAGGAAAAUUCUAUUAUCGCAUUAGUAAUUUUUUUUCAUUAAAACCUCCUUGCCAACACGUAUGGCCAAUUAGUUUUCCUUGACUAAUCUUCUUGUCGAGAGGAACUUGCCAUUUGAAAUGUAGCCAGCAGACCAAGUGUAAUUUUCUACGUUUUUCAGGCGAUCGCAGCUUAGCGUGAGGUUAACGAGUAGGGCGAUUCGCGUAAGGGAUAGAGCGCCGGAAAAUAACGUCCCUCUCUGCGCUUAUGGCUUGUGAUCGCCUUCACUCGUCCAGGAAAGAUUUCGUUUUUUUUCGGAUGUAGUCCUCGCUUCUCUCGAGAAGGUUCAGAGGAGGAGCGCAGGCUCAUUUCCUGAACAGCGACUGGUAAUUAGCCUGCCGCUGGCCUUAAAACAAAUGAAAGUUAAACCUGUUCUGUCCUUUGCUAACACGUGACUUGUUCUUAAACCAGCGUUAAGGCGUAACAGCGGUAACACCCUCACAAUAACCAAGAGCUCUGUAACUGAUGAUGACACCACAUCUAAUGACCCUCUUAACAACACUCGUGAGUACAUUGAUGUCACAGUAAUGAUGUGUAUCAUAACUGGGUUCCAAUAAUGAUGUCAUUCGUUCGUUACUGAUAAAGGAUUUUGGUUAGUGAGAUUGGCGGUUGAUAUUUAGACCAAUUAUCGUCGGUGGUCUGUUACUCGAUCUCUUACUCCAAGCUAUAUGGAAUCAGCCAAAAGCAGUAGAAAACUAAACUGUGGGAAACUCACCGUUUGAGUAACGAGAUAAUCGUAACCCUCAUGCUCACUCUGAUUCUACAUGAACCUCAAACUGUGCUUACUUUCUCCAUACUUGAAACUAAAUCUAUACUCAUUCUCUCUGUAAUGCUUUCCUCGUCUUUAUCAACCGGGCAAUCGGUACGUCUAGGCUUAGAUAUUCCUAAUCCUUAACGAUAACUAAUACUCUUUUCUAAACUUUGUUUCACCAUCUUCCUAUAACACAACAGACAUUUCUUUCUUUAAGAGGAAGACCGCAUUUUCCAUCGGUUUACCGGCGUAGUAACCUCGGGAGAUCGCGAGAAAAGUUUGUAACUCGCUCGUCUAUACACAUAUUUGUUGUUGGUUUAACCAACAUCUCAGCAGGGUUAUUCGGGCAGUAAACCGAUGGAAAGGUGUCGCCUGUGGGUUUGUCAGCACAAUAAACGACAAGUUUCUCGUCAAUCGGAGUGAGCAUACUAUCUCAGGUUUUUUUGUAAAUCAUUGUUACCUUAGAUUUGAGGAAAAGCUGUGGUGAUGAAAUGGAAGCAGAUAAUUCUACACUAAGCGAGAGAGACAGGGAAAACAAGAUUUUAUCGCCGCCAAGAAGCAAGUCCUUAGAAGUACUUUCCGAUCAUAAACACGAGGUAAUGUAACUUUACAAACAGAGAAAUUUUUCUCAAACGUCGAAACUAAUCCGGAACAUCAUCAAUUUAUCUUUACAAAGCGUUCUCAUUGAAAAAAAAACCCCCGGUUUUUUUCCCACUUGAACCGACCUAGACCGGUUUAUGGCCAACGAGAUUGGAGGUUUAACAUUCUAGCCCGCUGAAAUGCUUUAUGAAAAAAUAACCAGGAGUUUUCAUGUCACUGCCAUGAAAAAGCUGCCUCAGGGACUCGAUAUAAAUGCAUGUGACCACGAGCUUGUGGCCAGUUGAUUCAAAAUGAUCCCAUAAAUUGAAUAAAAAUGCGCGUGUAGGAGAGACAAACAAAUUUUGAGAUUUCUCCUAAUCUCCAGAUGUACCAGUCUUAAUUGCUCGCUGACCGAAGGAAAUAAUAUCAUGUAAUUGUUGCAGAAUACACAAGAGCACUCACCGUCUAAUGGUUGUGUUCCGCCCUCGAUGAAACGAGUGACUAAUCAACAUUCCAGCACGAAUAAGCCGCCAGUACGACCGCAACCAUUUCGGUCUUCCAAAUCAGUGACUCCUCUCAAAAACCAGACUGGUAACGUGUCAAACGAUGCACCUAAAGAGCUCCCCUUAAGCCCUUUGAAGAGGAGCGAUAUAAUGUACGCUUCUUCUCCGGAACUGAGCGUCUGCUCUUCAAAAUCGGACGAUUCUCCAGAAUUUGAUGGUAACAUUAAGACGUCAACACCAGAUACAAAACGCAGGCGCAGAGCCCCCCCUCCUCCGCGCCCCGCCGCUCCUAAGGCGCUUUUCUCUGAAAAUAAAACGAAUAUCCACGGCAAUGGCGCUGCUGUGAAGACGACCCCUUCUUCGAUGGCAAGUUCCACCACGUUUCAAGUCUCGGCCGCAAAUGAUGGUAAACUGAAACCUAGUCACAAGAAAAGACCUGCCCCUCCUAGGCCCGACAGGCCCCCUCCCCCUCAGCCGGCACCUAGAUUAACUAAGAAGGGGUCUCAGGGGGGAAAAGACGUAUCGGAAGACAAAAGAGAGAAGGACGCGAGCGUUCACUUGGAACAAAACAAGGGAAUCACACUGAGGCCAGAUCGUGUGCAAUUGUCACUGAAUCUGGAAACACAUCGAUCUGACAAUCAAGAAGAAGAUGAGGUGGAUAACUGGAGAGGUGUGCCUGUUUUUAUCCCUCCUCCCCCACCAGACGAGUUACCGCCUCCCCUUGACGAGUGUGAAACCCCUGUUGGACCUCUGACUGAUCUUGAAGCUGACAUAUUGGAAGGUUAGAGGCAAAACGUAAAUAAGAAAAUGUAAAUAGAUAGGUUAUUGAGAAAUUUCUCAAUCUUCAACUAUUGGUACAUGCAUUACGCCAGAAUCGCCCUCAGAAAUAAUCGAUUGUCCAACAGGAAAAGUCCUGGAAUUUUGUUUUGACAUUUUCCAGGAGUGGAAAGUCCUGUAAAAAUACCUCAGGUACUGGGAAGUCCUGGAAAUCUGCUUAGCUCAAGCAAUAGAAAGUUUCAGAAUGUACAUCAUAAGGAAUGUAGGUAGACCGUCAGCAGAAUUGAUUUUGAAAUCUUGGGUAUAAAUAGAUCUACGGUGAAAUUUGGAGUCCUCGUAAACUCAGCUUUUAUUCCCUUUUCCCCGAAGGGCUGAGUGCUUCUGUGAGGUUAAUUUACUCGAGUUGCUAGAGAAUCCAGUUGAUAAAUGCUACGCAAACAUAUGGAGUAAUUGGUUUCGUCAAAAGAUAUUAGUUCAUGGGUUGUUGACAUAUGAUAAACAUGUAUACAGUUCUAUCCUUUUUUUUCUAAUACUUUGCACGACUUGUCUUCCAGGGGCUGCGGAUGGCUUUCCUGUGACAAUGAACGGUUUCAUUGGAAUGCAUGAAAUUGGAAUGUUCGCUGCUAACGGUGUCAAUGAUGCGCGGGCUCAAGCUAUUCAGGCAGGACCUGACGAAGACCAGGAGAAUAAAGAUCAUUCGACGACAAAGGCAAAACCUGAAGUUUCAUUAGCGCCUGUUCCUGAGCAAGAGGCAUUCCCUGUAGUUCCACCUCCACCGCUUUAUUCCGAGCCUGAGUCUUCACUGGACGCCAAGCAGCUCAACGCCGACAAAACUCCACGGGUACCCCCAGCGGUGGUUUCUAACUCAGGUUUCGUUGACGUCCCUCCUCCCGUAAUUGAAGCUCAGACAGUGAGAACGAUCUCGGAGAAUGACGUCAAGAAUCACAAUUCAGGGUUCGAUCAGGGCCCCGAGAGCAUUACCAUAACUCCUCCUUUAGAUCAGGCGAAUGAUUUUCCUUUAGGGCAGAGAGAGGAUCCUGACUCUGGGUCUAGUUUGGAUAUGGUUAGUACCAUUCCACCACCGGCGGAUUUUGAAACAUGGCCACUAACCCCUCCCUGUCAGUUUGCUAAUCCUACGGUGGCACCCCCUGAGGAGUUCGUAAAUUCGGAAGAAAUUAAAAAGGAAGAAGGGCAGCCUAAGGAAGAAAAGUUUCAGAAGAAACUUUACAUUAAUGAAGGUUUGUUUCCCUGGAUGGACGAAACGCAAGCACCUUUUAAUGCUACAAUACCUUCAGAGGUAUCCAAGGACACAGAGAAUGGGUGGGUGGUUGUUGACGUAAAUACAAAAGAAAGUACCCCUGUGGAUGAAAAUCAUUCGGAGUAUUCCGUUGAUAAGGAGGCUGUGGAGACAAAAACUGUAACAAGUGUUAGUGAUGUUCUUCCUACAUCAAUAGCUCAAGAGAGAGUCGAUAAUCACGGUGGUGUUUCAACAGCUCCAGAAAUUAUCGAGAAAACAGAAAAAACACCGGUGACUGAGAAGCAAAGUUUGGGACCGCAGAGGAGUGUAUUCUGUGAUAAGAACAAGGACAUGCUCACAUCACAAGCUAUCGACAUGAAGGAAUGAGGCCAAGUCGAAACCAACGAAGUCAUCGUUACAAAUUUGAGCUCUAAACAUGGUGAACAUUCUGGAUCGAAACAGUUUUCAAACACGAUUAUAAAACCGGUUAAACCAGAAGGGGGGUCGGUUUCUAUUUCCAAAGAAACAGAAAUCCAAGUUGAGGCCGGAGUGAACGCACAACAAUAUUCGCUGCCACCGCGGACACAAGAUGUAAAGCAAGAGUUAUCAGCUGAACCUGCAAAACCUGCUCUUCAAGUUAAACCUACAAAACCAGAACUACAGGUUAAAGCUGAAAAGCCAGUCGUAACAGAAAAGCCAGUGACUAUAAUCCAAGAAGCAGAAGUUAAAGUUGCGCCGGCAGCAGUCAAUCUUCAUACCGAACUUGCGAGGCCAGACCCACAAGUAGAGCGUGGAAAUUUUGAUCAUGCCAAACCUGAAAAACCAGAAAUUAAGGCCAAACCAGUCCAGCCGAUCAAAGAGGCCGAGGGUGCAUUUGAUUUCCGGAGAAAUACCCGCGCAGAAGCUGCAAAACAGGAACUAGAUGUCAACCUGAAACAACUAAAGGAAAAUGCUCUUAACUCCGAAAAGCCAGAAGCACCAGCUAAGCCAAGUCACCUUGUGAAAGAUAAGGAUUUUAAUCACGACGCAGUUGUUGUAAAGGUAGAGUCACCUGUGAUACCGGAAAAACGUCAAUCAAACAUGAAGCCAACUGCGUUUGUCACAGAAGCAGAAGUAAAAGUCGACACUCGACAGGUUGAACCCUUGUCAAUCAAUUCAUCCGUAGAGGUUUCGAGGCCGAAUAUAAACGUUCCGUCAGUUGAACAGGAUCAGCAAGUUAAACCUGAAUUACCAGAGCAAGUAGAAACAUUUCCUAUUGAAGAGGUCAUUACUCAGCAGUCAAAACCGGAAGUUCAAAUGUGUUUUACCUCUUUUAAAGAGGAUCAGGAUGUCCAUCCGACUGACCCUCCACAGAGCAUGCGCGACGAGGUAGCUUCUGUGGUGCGACAAGUUGUAACUGCUCAAGAAACCCCAGUCAAAACUGUAUCAACAGAUAGGAAAGAAAUGGUCGAAGAAAUCAUUGUUACUCCAGAAACCAAACUUGUCUCCUCUCCUGAUGAUAAGCUCAAAGAUUUAGAGGCAAAACUACGGAAGCUAGAUGAAGAGACGGUUCCCUCUUCCCCUAACCUCAACAAGUUAGAGAACAAGGCACUUCCUACACCUUAUAAGAACGCAACUCCCGCAGUCCAAACUAAGGACCCCUUCUCCGAAGAUAUUAUCGUGUCUGAGAUGAAAAAAGUAGAGUCGUCAGAUUACGAGUAUUAUGAAGCGCUCUUCAAGAUGGAAACAACUGAAAAAUCUACCGGUGAAGUAACAACCGUGCAGCCGGUGCAGAAGGUUAACGUCGUCCCAGAGAGGCAACCAUCUGUUCCGGGUAGUUCUACGACACACGGUAACCUCACUUCUGAGCUCAGCUUGGACUUGACAUCCUUCAGACAAUCUCCUGAACUACCGCGCCCCCCGUCAUCAUCUCCGCCAGCCACUUCACCGCGUGGGUCCACUUUGCCUUCCCCUGUUGCAUUAAGCAGCGAUCGGUCAACUGACUCUGGAUUUUCGCCGUCUGAGGAGCCCAAAGGUCCAGCUUCACCGGAUACGAAAAUGUUCGGAGUCAACUCGCUUUCUACCUCAGGCACAGUGGCCGUCCAGGCGCAAACGGUAAUUGCCUCGGAUACAUCGAGUGAAGAACGACACCCAAAGUCUGUACAGGCAUUUUCUGCGACAAAAACGGAUGUACAAGUGGAUACUGGGUCUGUACAAAUAGCCAAGCCGCACAUUACAAAGCGUCCUGUGGAAGUUUCUUCUAAACUUCAGCGACCACUGAGUAUGCCAGCAGGUAUUGUAACCGGAGAUCUCAAAAGCCAAGUUGUUCAAGUGAAGGGCAAAACAACAGAACCCCAAUCAAGAAAAUCUAGUUCCUCUUCCUCCACUGAUGGUUUCUCACCAUCUCCUGGAACAUCCCCAGUUGACAGCUCCAAAACUGAACCCGCGGACCUUCCCAAACCACCACCCUUUACUGUUCCUCCUCUCCGACGCUACUCCGAUCUUGCAGCUGACCUUAGUUUCAUUUCAUCUGCGGCCAAGGCAGCAGAGAAAUCAAACGUGUCUGAAGUCAAAGCGGAAGUCUCCGCGAAGCCACCGAAUCUGUUGCUGAGGCGAAAUCCAGAUACAGCUGUGGAGAGGCCACGGAGCUGGAUGGGGCCUGGAACCGACACCACCAAGAAGAAGCCCAUGAUGUGGGGGUCGGCAUUCAAACCUGUGUCGUUUGAUGCGCAAGGUAAAAAGGGCAUUCGUCCGAUUGAAUUUCAAGUGAAGUCCUUUUCACCAUCAUCCUUAGCUCCAAAACAAUCAACUUCCCCAUCUACAUCGUAUGUAGACUCCGCAACCUCAGUUCAUAGCACGAUUUCAGUGACAGAGAAAGUGAGAAGUAAUACUGAACUUGAGGAGACUUCAAAGCCAGCACCACCUGUCCCAAGUAAGCCUGCUGUGGCGAAACCCUCAGCUGUCAGAGUUUCGUCGUUACCGCAAGGAGAAUUUUCCUCUCAUCAACGUGGUAAACCUGACCCUAAGUUGGAAAGAUCAGUUAGUACUCCAGAGACAAAGAAAACAGAACCCGGUGCAACUAAAUAUGAGAUAGUCUACUCAACCAAACAUUCCACAUCACAAGGCAGUUCCAAAGAUCUCAAAGACACAACAGAUACUGGUUCACGUUCGGAUUUGCCAAGCCCUGCUAAAUUGUGUGACCAAACAAGUGGUCCGAGCGGAGUCACGCGAGGCAGGCCUCGCUCUACAAUCUUAACUGGGUCCAAUUUCAACAUAAUCUCAGGUGAUGAAAAACUUCCACGUGGAACGGUUGGUUCAGAUGCUAAUAAGCCUGCCACUAUUCAACCGAAGGGUUUGUUUUGGACACAAGCUAAACACCAGACGAAUGAACAAAACAAGCCCUUACUGCAAGCUCCAACUACAGCUAAACCGCCUCCAUCCGCGAAAACAGCCGCAGGAGCUGACACCAAACCACUCCCAGCAGUAGCGAUGAGAACCAAAGCAGGGCAUUACGACCCUACCAAAAGGCAUUCUCUUCCCAGUUACGUGAUUGAGGGAGCCGAUGGAAAACAAUCGAGUAUCACGAAAAGUGGUAAAGGAGAGGCUAAGGUAAUGAAUUAUACACAUCAAAUGAUUGAUUGAAAUUGCAAUAAGGAUGAACAUUAAAAAGAACCUCUAGAGAUAUGUCAUCAUUGAUCUUUACACACGCUAAAGAAUUCAUCAGGCCACAAUACACAAUGAAAAAAAAAAAGUCACCGUACAUUUUCAAAAAUCAAUCAAUUAAUCAGUGUAUUAAAUGUGGUCGGUUUGCUCAGCUAAAAAGCUAGUUUACAGGUACGCCAUGAAGAAAAAAAAAGACCUAGAAAAAAUGGAGUGGAAAAUGGAAAUAAAAAUAAAAGCCUUUUGAAGGUGUAUGAAUUUAAGAUAAGUUAAGCCUAGUUGUUUACCCAACGAAAUCUCCAAAACUACUCAUAUUUUUGCAAGAGCUAUAUGAUGUAGAGCGGUCUUUUCAUUGUUAUCCUCGUAGAAAGCUUGAAAAAGUCCAGAUUGCGCAAAGUAACCUUUGUUACGGUACACACUUAACGAAGACGCCGAAAUACGAACAACAAUACUCCCUGUCCGUUCUAAUGCGGUUAUUGAGAUAUAUAUUUUUUUUACAGUUCCAUUUCAUCGUGAAGGAAGCAGACACUGAUACAACUGUAGUUCCUCGAGGAGUUGUAGCAGCAAUGAAAGCCUUGAGAGAGCAAAAAGAAACAUCACAAGGUGGGGAUUUCUUGCUAACGUGGUGUUCACAGUGUUGUGACUUGUCCUAGUGGAGGAAAGAGCUGCUUACAUAAAAUUGUUACUUAACGUUGUUAAAUUUAUGGCUAGAGGCAUGUUUAUAUGUGUUUGUCAUCGUGGGUUUUUCUGUUGUUUUUUUUCCUCUUCACACAGCCACUAUAACCGACUACUAACUAUGAAAAGAAAGAUAUCAUUGUUAAAACUUAGAGCCUUAAAAAAGCAGCCUAGCGCGCACAACCUUAAAGGAGGGGGUGGGGGUGGGGUGAGAAGACAGGUU